UCUCUCUCCAUGUCAUGUUUCUCAUGAAGAACCUUGUAUUCGAUUCUUAAUUAAGCUGUUGAGUGGGCUCAGGUUCAAUAUCUUUGGAAAUGGUGAGAGCUUGAAACACAAGUUAGCGUCUGAUUCUCUUUCACAAAUCAUCUCGAUAGAAGAAAAGGCAUUUCUGGGUUUCCAUGGGAGGUGUGUUCCCGUUUAUCAGAAACAGCAGUGAAUGUUGCUGCUGUCGUCCCGAUCAGACCAUGAUGUUGAGACAAACAGAUGAUGCGGAAGAAGAAACAGUGAGGAAGAUGGCAAGAGAAGGAAGCCGAAGACGAACGAGAACGAGAAGAAGAUUCAUCAGAUCCUUAGAAGAUAUGCUGACUGUGUUGCUAUCUCCUCCUUCCGCGAUAACUCGGAGUCUCUUGCUCUGUUUUCUUCUCUUGUCUUCUUCUUCUUCUUCCUUUUCCACUGUCGGGUCUUCGGAAACAGAGAAUCUCUUACAGAGAAACCAAACUUUCCGACCACUCGAGGAGCUCAAGAAACUCAGAACUGUAAGACAGUACCUCAAGAACAUCAACAAAUCUGCCAUGAAGACUAUCCAAAGCCCUGAUGGUGACAUCAUAGACUGUGUUUCAGCAUAUAAUCAACCCGCUUUUGACCAUCCGAGAUUAAGAGGGCAAAAGCCAAUGGAACCACCGGAGAGGCCAAGAGGGCAUCACAGAAGAGGAAUGAAACUGAAGGAUUUCCAGCUAUGGAGAAGGGCAGGAGAGUCGUGUCCUCAGGGGACAGUUCCAAUACGAAGAACAAAAGAAAGAGACAUUCUCAGAGCUACGUCUCUUUCGAGCUUUGGAAAGAAACUCGGGAACUUCAGAAGAGACGCCAGUAACAAUGGCCAUGAACAUGCGGUGGGGUACGUGAGCGGGGAAGAGUACUACGGAGCAAAGGCAAGCAUAAACGUGUGGGCCCCAAAAGUCGAGAACCAAUACGAAUUUAGUUUAUCUCAAAUCUGGAUUAUUUCUGGCUCCUUUGGUAAUGACCUCAACACCAUUGAAGCUGGCUGGCAGGUUAGUCCUGAGCUCUACGGGGACAACUAUCCGAGAUUCUUCACGUAUUGGACCAACGAUGCGUAUCAAGCAACCGGAUGCUACAAUUUAUUGUGUUCGGGUUUUGUUCAAACGAAUAACGAAAUUGCAAUUGGAGCUGCAAUCUCUCCAACAUCCUCGUACGAGGGAGGACAGUUCGAUAUUACUUUGCUCAUUUGGAAGGAUCCGAAGCAUGGGAAUUGGUGGCUAGAAUUCGGGUCGGGCAUAUUGGUAGGGUAUUGGCCAUCGUUCUUGUUCACACACCUGCGAGAGCAUGCGAGCAUGGUCCAAUACGGGGGCGAAAUCGUAAAUUCAAGUCCUUUUGGGGAUCACACGUCAACGCAGAUGGGGAGUUCGCAUUUUGCAGAGGAAGGGUUCUCAAAAGCUUCUUAUUUCAGAAAUAUCCAAAUAGUUGAUUCUGAUAACAAUUUGGUCCCUCCUCCUAAUCUCAAGGUUCUUGCCGAUCAUCCCGAUUGCUACGACAUUCAAGGAGGCCUCAAUCGUGUUUGGGGUAAUUAUUUCUAUUACGGAGGUCCCGGGAAGAAUCCGAAGUGCCCUUAAAAAUUUGGGGUCAGUUUCGAAUUAUGAAAAAAUAUGAAUUGUAACUAUUAUUAUUGUUUUUUUUUAAAUUUUGAUGCUGAUCGGAGUUUAGAUGGCUAGCUGAUGACGGGUGAAUUCAUUUCAUACCCACUUUUUGAGGUAAUUAAACGUGUAAAUCAGUAAAUGUGAAAAAAACAAUAUAUUUACUGA